CAACAAGAAAAGACAGGGGAAAGUGUCUUCUUACUCACAUACUUGACUUGAACAAUCUCAUCCUCACAAAUAGAGGAGCCUGUAGCUUUCCUCGUGAUCUUCUACCCGACUCUUCCUUACAGGUAACACCCUUCCUUCCGUUUUGGACUUCUUUGAAUUUGGGGUCCUUUGAGUUAUUUUUCGUUUCGGCUCUCUGUCCCAUAAUCUUUGAUAAAGGGGAAAAUGAAACAAAAAAUGGAUUGGUAUCCGAUCUUAAUGGGAAAUCACAGUGUUCUGGAUCUCGUUGGUUGAUCUGUAAUGUAGCAGUAAGCAGCUGUAAUUAUUUAAUUAGCCGUCGGUGAAGAGGUCAAGUUUCCGUUCAGAAGCUUCGAUUUCGCCUACCUUGGUCUUGCCUUGGCUCAACACCCCUCAUUUCCUGCUCUGUCCUCUGAGAGAGCCAGAGACAUGGAGGUUGAACAUUUUAGCCACCCAGAUCAUCCAUUGAUCCUCAUUAAUCAAGUUCUCGAGUAUAGUUGUGAAUUAUUUAUUUGCUCUGGAUGCGAGGGACCAAUAUGGGGUCCUUGCUAUAGUUGCACCUCUUGCUACUUCUUUCUUCACAAGAAAUGCGCCGAGCUGCCCCGUGAGAUCAAGCGGCGCAUUCAUCGUAGACACCCUCUUCAUCUACUGGCAAAGUCACCAUAUGAAGGAGAAUACGAAUGCGAUCGGUGCGACAAAACUUGCAACAGUUUUGUUUACCAUUGUUCUUUUUGUACGUUUGAUCUUGAUAUCAAAUGUGCUUUUCAACCGGGUUUUUUGGAAGUUGAUAGUCAGGCACAUCAAUUUUCCCACAAGGAUCAUCCAUUGAUUUUGAAUGAAGAGAAAGAAUAUCAUGGUGAAGGAGUUACGUGCUCUGUUUGCGAGGAACCAAUGUCGGGCCCUAGCUAUAGUUGCACUUCUUGCAACGUCUUUCUUCACAAGAAGUGUGCUGAGCUCCCCCCAGAGAUCAAGAGGCACAUUCAUCCAGAACACCCUCUUCGUCUACUGCCAAAUUAUCACAUGAUCUGUGGUUUUUGCAAAGAAACUUGCUAUGAGAGUUUUGUUUACUGCUGUUUUGUGUGUGAAUUCAACCUCCAUAUCAAAUGUGCUUUUCCACCAUGCGUUUAUGCAGCUGAUCAGGAUCAGGGGCAUCAAUUUAGAAGCCUGCUGAAUCCACUUUCAUUAAAAUCAAUCUCCUUCACUUGCAAUGCAUGCGGCACUGAUGGAGAGGACUCUCCAUUAGUGUGCACCUUGUGCCAACUCUUGGUCCACGAAGAAUGCAUUUCAUUGCCAGCCACCCUUAAAACGGCACUGCACCAUCAUCCCCGAAUCAUCCACACGUAUCAACAUCAACAAUGCAUCGAAUCGAUAAACAAGUACUGUGGAAUUUGCUGUCGGGAAGUUGACUCAAAAUACGGAGUUUACUAUUGCCCAGACUGUGACUUCGUUGCACACGUGAAUUGUAGUAUAGAAUAUGGCGAUUCUGCAACAAAGAUUGUAGAAGAAAACGAAGAAGAGCAAAGUGUGACUGUUUAUGAUCAAUUCAUGGAACCUAGCUUUUGCGUUGUCCGUGAGAUCAAGCAUGGAGAGGAGAGAAUAAUUGAAGAGAUCAAGCAUUUCAUUCAUCAACAUAACCUAAUCCUUACUGACAAGGUGGAUGAUGAUCUAAAGUGUGAUGGGUGCAUGGUACCAAUCUCAACUCCAUUUUAUAGUUGUGCCGGUUGUAAUUUCUUUCUCGACAAAACCUGCAUAGAAUUACCCAGGCGAAAAAAGUGGCAAUAUCACGAAAACCAACUGAUUCUUUCAUGGAACCUAUGGGAACAUUCCAUGUACGAGUGUAGUGUGUGCAAGCAAGAUUUUCGUGGGCUCGGGUACAGAUGUGAUGUAUGUGAAGUCUGCAUUGAUGUCCGAUGCUUCAAAUCAUUGAAAGAUUCUUUUAAACAUGGAGGUCAUGAGCAUCCCCUUUAUCUUCCAGCGGACAGAAAGAAUAUUCUCCGUUGCAGUAAUGGAGGUCGCUGGCCUCCCCCUUUGCUUGCAGCGGACGGAGAGAAUAUUCCCCAUUGCAGUGGUUGUUGUGUCAGUGAAGAAUCAAAGGUAAUUUUUAAAUGUGUGGUUUGCGAUUUCAAGCUCGGUAUGAAAUGUGCUACACUGCCAUACAAAGCAAGACACGAGUAUGAUGACCAUCCUCUCUUCCUCACCUAUAUUAAUGCAAAUGACUACCAACCUUCCUGUAUAAUUUGUGAAGAAGAUAGAGACCCGAAGCUCUGGUUCUACCGUUGUGAGGAAUGCGACUUCGAUGCUCAUCCAGAAUGUGCUCUCGGGAAAUACCCAUAUGUCAAGCUAGGGGGGGUUCACACGUAUCCUAAACACCCUCACCCUCUUGUUUUGGUCGUCAAGACAGAGGAUUAUCGUCCACAGGCAUGCGAUACUUGUGGUAAGCCUUGCGAUGACUUGGCCCUUGAAUGUACUGAUCCUAACUGUGAUUUUAUCGUCCACAGGAAAAGAAGGCAAUGCUUACCACAAGCCUUGUGAUUAUUGAAGCUGUAAUUGGAUUGCAGUUGUUGGCUUUUUUCUUAUUUUUGGGUUAUGAUCACUCUUCCCCCCCUUUUUUUUCUGAACAAUAAGAGAUGCUAUUUUAUUAGAACUGUCCUUGAAGGUAGUUUUUGUUGUUUCUGUGAGCCUUCGUAGUGACAAAGAUGUCUGACCUUCCACCAUUUUUUUAGCUUAGCAGGAAGCUCUCCAUAAAUUCUGCUUUUACAUUUUUGUUAUAGGUUUUAUUGUAAAUGCAUAAAAAUAUUGGCAUAUAAAAUAACACUUAUCUAA